AUGUUCGAUUCGUGCGCCUUCUAUGGACAUAACGAAGUUGACCUUCAGGCGAUUGGAGACCCACGAUACGUACUUGGUAUCGAGUUCGUCGACAUGUACAAGAACGAAGUCGGUGCCUCUGAGCCACAGGAGGAUUUCCACGAUCGCCACGAGCUCUACGGCAUUCGAAAUAACGUGGUGGUGGCAGCAAUAUGCCCGGACCAAGUCCAGUUGCUCGACAAAGCCAAGGAAACCAUGCAGAAGUUACUCGAGAAAUUUCCCGCUGGUUAUGAAGGGUUCUGUCGCAACGGCGAUCAUGAAGCAGCUUCGAGCACCACGGGUGUGCUGCCGGAUGACUUGGACUCAGGGACAGCAGACUACCGAGUGAGGACUGGCGUCUGGCGUUAUAUCUGUGAAUGA